AUUUGAUUUAAAAUAAAAUCUGGGACAGCCGAAAGGCGGGGGCCGUGAGCAUUCGAACUCGCCGCUCCACUGCGCGGUUUAUUCACGCUCCCUUUAUCAUCUUUUUGUUUCACUGUAUUGCCGCCUCUCUUCAAUCUCCCUCCCAUUUACAAAUAAAAUCUCGCAUUCUAUUUCCCUCUCAAGCCUCUUUACUCUCACACACACAGUGAUUGUAAUUGACUGUAAUGGCAAACUACAGCGAAGAUCCGACCCGCCCCUAUCACACCUCUCAAUUUCAAUUUCAGUUUCUUGAGCCAAAACCUCACCAUCACACUCUUUCAUCUUCUUCCAUCGCUACUAAUCCACUCUACCAUUCCUUCCUUGGCAGGCUUCCCUUUCCUUCAAAUCACUCUCAAAAUAAUACUAAUAAUACUAUCUUCAAUCACUCUUCCGAUAUUGUUCAUAAUAUUAAUCACAGGGACGACACGCAUUCCGCUUUUGCUAUGCUUGCGUUGAAGCAAACAAAUGAAUCAGGCAAAUGUUUGACUCAGACUACUGGACAAUCAGCCACCCCUGGACAUAGGAAAGUAGUCAAUGAUCCUUGGCCAGAACCAGAAUCCUGCAUAGGUGGUAAAAUUAAUAGCAAAUCAAAAGUUUUAAAACAAAAAAAGUCUGUGACUCAAAGACCAAAUGUUGGUUUAAUGCCCUUUAUUUUGUCCCUGCUUUCAUUGCCAGAGGCUCCAAGUGGUUGGAAUCCAUCUAAUAGUUGCCGAUAUGACAGUUCUUUAGGCUUGUUAACAAGGAAAUUCAUCAAUUUGAUUCAUGAGGCUAAAGAUGGCACCCUUGAUCUGAACCAUACUGCAGAAGUGUUGGAGGUUCAAAAAAGGAGGAUAUAUGAUAUAACUAAUGUCCUUGAAGGAAUUGGAUUGAUAGAGAAAACUUCAAAGAAUCACAUACGCUGGAAGGGAUAUGAUAGUUUAGGGCCGAAGGAGUUGGAUGAUCAAGUUGCUACAUUGAAGGCUGAGGUUGAAAGUCUAUAUGCUGAAGAAUGGAGGAUUGACGAUUGUAUUAGGGAAAAACAGGAGCUUCUGAGGGCCUUGGAGGAAAAUGAGAAUCAUCAAAAGUGCUUAUUUUUAACAGAGGAAGAUAUUGCCAGUCUUCCAUGCUUCCAGAAUGAGACACUGAUUGCAAUUAAAGCUCCUCAAGCAAGCUAUAUUGAAGUUCCUGAUCCUGAUGAGGAUAUUGGUUAUCCUACAAGACAAUACAAAAUGAUUGUUAGAAGUACCACGGGGCCUAUUGAUUUGUACCUUCUGAGCAAAUACCAAAGUGAAGGUGAUGGGGUGACUAUUGAGCAUGCCCAAUCAGCAAAUCCAUCUUGGAACAGUACCCUAUGCGGAGUUCAAAACUUUGGGCCGUCCUUGGAACUUGAGGAUAAUAAAAAAAGUUGUGAAACAUUCAGCUCAAUGAGCUCAGAGAUAUGUGGGAUUCAGAAGAUAAUUCCUUCAGACUGUGAUCAUGAUGAUGAUUAUUGGUUCAGAUCAGAUCCUGAAGUCAGCAUCACAAAUCUGUGGAGCAACUAAUAAUACAUUCAACUUUGAGUGACUGGAAUCUGUUCGAUGUGUUCUUGCACUGGGAACAGCUUUAAGGUUGAUUUUACCCUAUUUUAUCCUUAGGAAAAUGUAUACAUUUACCAUGUUCUCUACAGCUUACAGUUCAUGAACUCUGGACAAAAGCGACCUCCUUGGCGAUGACUCUACCGUGGCUCAGCUACAAGCUCACAAGCAUCAUUAAAUGGACAUUGGUACCGUCAACGAGAAAGUCCUUGUCAGUCCAUGUUGACAUUAUUAAAUGGACGUUGAUACUGUAAAUUUUGUAGCUAGAAUUUUUUUUUUUAUCUUUUUUUAACUUAAUGAGAGUACUAAAUAAAGAGAAGCUUAGAAAAAAGGUGGCCAA